AUGGACCUUCCCAAUAGAGAUUGGGGUUUAUCCAGGUCGUUCUCUUGCUUAAUUACCAUCAUUGUUCUGUUAGGGGGUGUCCUAGCUUUGGUAGAAGCCGGCGGGGAUGAGACUGAUCGGCUGGCUCUGCUAGAAUUUAAGGCCCAAAUAGCUGAUGCUGAUCGGGUUUUAAGCUCGUGGAAUGAUACUAGCCACAUUUGCGAUUGGUACGGUGUCACAUGUGGUCGUAGACACCGCAGAGUCACCGUAUUAGACCUCAGCUCCGAGAACUUGUCCGGGGUCGUGUCGCCCCAUAUUGGUAACCUAAGCUUUCUGAGGUUGGUCUAUCUGGAUAACAACAAUUUUCGCUCCGAAAUUCAGCCACAUUUCGGCCGCUUGUUUCGGUUGCAACAGUUGUUCCUUAAUAACAACUCUUUUGGCGGACAAAUCCCUUCGAAUCUCUCCCAUUGCUCUAAUUUACUCAUUCUUAACUUGGGCAUCAACAUGCUCAAAGGAAAUUUGUCUCCAGAACUCGGCUCCUUGUCCAAGCUCCAAAUAUUUAUAUCUCAAAUGAACGGCUUAAUGGGAAACAUUCCGCUGUCGUUUGGAAACUUAUCAUCUCUUCAAGCCUUUGCAGCAGCUUCAAAUAACCUUGGUGGUAUGAUCCCAGAGACUCUUGGCCGAUUGAGAAAUCUAAACUUCCUCUCUCUCGGCAACAAUAAAUUUGUCGGUAUGAUUCCUAUCUCAAUCUUCAAUGUUUCCACUAUGACAAUCCUUGAUGUGGCCGGAAACCAAUUAGAGGGGGGCUUACCCAACAACUUAGGUUUCACUCUUUCGAAUCUCGAGAGAAUCUAUUUGAGUAACAACCAUCUUACUGGACCCAUUCCCGAGUCAAUAUCCAAUGCCUCUAAUCUCGUUUAUAUUAUAAUCGCGGUGAAUAACUUUACAGGGAAAGUUCCUUCUUUCUCAAAGAUGAGAGGGCUCUAUUGCUUUGAAUUUAGCGAAAACAACUUAGGAAGUGGCCAAUCUGCUGAUCUUGACUUCCUUUGCUCUUUAAUCAAUUCCACAAAAUUGGAUACAAUAGGUAUAAAGAGCAAUGCUUUCGCAGGACCAAUUCCCGACUGUAUAAGUAACCUCUCUAGCACCCUUUCGUGGUUUGUAUUAAGUCACAAUGAUAUUUCUGGAACCUUACCGUCUGGAAUCGAAAAUCUGAUCAAUUUGGAAUCCCUGGCAAUGAGGGGCAAUAACAUAUCGAGAAACAUUCCUUCUGAGAUCGGAAAUCUAAACAAACUGAAGUAUUUGAAUCUCGGCCAAAAUAAAUUCUCGGGGCAAAUACCAGAAUCUAUCGGGAAUUUAAGGAUGUUAACCAAAUUGAUGUUGAAUAGCAAUAAUCUCCAUGGCUCGAUACUGUCGUCUCUGGGAAACUGCCAAAAUCUACUUCUCUUGAACCUUUCUACCAAUGACCUCGGCGGUAACAUACCCCCGGGAAUUAUGGGCCUCUCAUCUUUGUCGAUUUAUCUUGACUUGUCUCGAAAUAGUCUUACCGGCUCCCUACCAGGAGAAGUUGGAAACUUGAAAAAUCUUGGCAUAUUAAGUUUAAACGGGAACAAAUUAUCUCAAAAGAUUCCAAGUAGUAUCAGCAGUUGUAGAAGCAUGGAACAACUAUAUGUGCAGGAUAAUUUCUUUGAAGGGCCCCUACCAUUGACUUUGAGUUCCAUGAGAGGCCUUCAAGUAUUGAAUGUUUCCAAUAACCGUUUGUCUGGCCAAAUCCCGGAAUAUCUAGAGUUGCUAAAUCUGACGAAUUUGAGCCUAUCUUACAACGAUUUCGAGGGUGCAUUACCUACAGGAGGAGUUUUCAGAAGUGCCAUUUCAACUUCGGUUGUUGGAAACAAGAAGCUUUGCGGGGGUCUCCCAGAUUUUCAACUACCGAAAUGCGACUACAAAGAGUCAAAACAGAGAAGAAUAAGCAGAACUGCAAAAGUUAUGACACAAUAA